CACAUUCUCUUAUGGACCUGGCCGCUCUCAGGCUUCUCUCUGGUAUUGCAGAAAAAGGAAAAAAAGGGGCAACAAAUCGCAGCUGAGCGGAGUGCAGUGUAAUAGUAAAAAUGGCUAGUUGGGUGAAAUUUGGUUAUUCUUUUUCCAGAAAUUUUGCAUCCGCUGCUGCCAAACACCAAGGCUCAGAGCAGGCUGCUGUUCUAUGGAAGAGACUCACGUUCUUGGUAGCUUUUCCAGCCAUUGGUUUGGCAAUGGUUAAUUGCUAUUUGAAUCAUCAAGCUCACGCGCACGAUGAGCGUCCGGAAUUCAUCAAAUAUGAUCAUCUGAGGAUAAGAACUAAGCCAUUUCCAUGGGGUGAUGGCAAUCAUAGUUUGUUCCACAACCCACAUGUCAAUCCUCUACCCGAUGGUUAUGAGGAUGAAUAACUUUAUUUAAAGUGAGAAAAAAGUCAAAUUUUCUUCUAGCAUUCUCUGUAUUAUAAAUAUUCUAUAUUGUACUGCUCAUAGAAGAGAUUCAAUCAAUAAAUCUCAGCAAAGAUUA